AUGGCACGACAAAAGAAGUUGAGUGAUGCAGAAAAAAAAUUAAAAAAGAAAGAGUAUGAUAGAAAAAGGCGAGAAAAAGAAAGAUUAAAAUAUUUAAAGAAAAUAGAGAAAGGUCAAGUAAAACCAGUUAUUCAUAUUAAUGCUAGAGAACUUAGACAAAAGCGAACACAAUGGAAAGAAAAUAGUAAAGUGUAUAGGAAUAAAAAAGCUAUAGCACACCAAAAUUUACAAAGAAUAAUUGAUGAUACACCUCCACAAAGUCCAGUAUCAGUUGUGCAGCAAAUGAGCGAAGAUGUAGCUGCUCGAAAUAAACGACAGAUGCGAAAGCGACGAGCUAUUUUGUAUGCAAAGAUUGCAAAUUUGGAAAAAAAAUUGAAGAAUGCAGUGAAGUUAAGCGAAAAAUAUAAGAAGAGAUAUUUGAGAAUGAAAACAAAAAAAACUGACCCAGAAUCGCCUGGAACUAAAGUAGAUGCGCUUCUAAAGAAUGUAAACGUUCUUGAGAGUGUGAAGAAGAAAUUACUUUUUGGAGAAGCGUUAACAAGAGAUAUAGAGACUAGUUACAAAGAUCUUGGAAAGAAACAUGAAAAAAAGAAAAAAUAUUACGAAAUGUUGAAAUUGAAAUCAUUGCAGAAAUAUAAGUUACUUUAUGAAUCGAAACCUUUUUUUAAACAUGAUAUUUUCAAAAGACAAAAGCCUCGAAAAAUAAGAGAUAAAAUGAUGAAGGUAAAGGACGAUGUAAUUAAAUUUUUGGAGAAAGAUGAAAACUUAAGGAUGUGCCCGGGGAAAAAAGACUAUCUUAAAUCCAAAAAUGGUAAAACUAAACAAAAGCGUGUUUUAUAUGAUACACUUCAUAAUUUACAUUAA